AUAAAAUGGUUGUUUAGGAGUAAGAUAAGGGGAGCGCUUAUACAGCUGUGGAUUUCUACUUGCAGCUGAAAGUUUCAUAAAAUAGAAUAGAAGAAAUGAUCAGUCUCCUCAGGCUAAAUGUUCUAUUAAUUCUCUGGAUCUCGGCAAUGCAGAUGUGGAGGUGCUACCCUCUUGCCCCUUCUACGCUGUCUGGGAACUCUGAUUACUGUCUCCUCCUGCUCAAUAGUUGCCUAGCCAAGGUGGAUGGGUCCGAAGAACUAGCAUUGUUAAAGCCUUUUCUGGAGAAGUCUUAUAUUAAGAGGUCCUUUCGGAAUGGAGUAGGCUCAGGAAUUAAAAAAAAUUCCUAUCAAAGAGCCAAGUCAUAAGCAAGUGCUGGAGGAAAUACCUACAAAUCAGAAUGUAUGACGUUAAACUGGAUGUGCUUUAAAAUUGUU